GGCGCAAAGAGAGGCAAAGAAAUCCAACGUCACUGUGACAAUGACCUACCUAGGACAAGGCCACCGGGGGUCAGGGUCGGGGUCGACUCAAGAUGAACUAAAAGUAUUGCAGCAAGUUAAUGGAGGGGAGAAUAUCUGUGUCUUCAAGGGCUUGGUGACUCCAGGAGAGCAGUUCCAGUUUGUCUCUCAGAGACACAGAGGUUAUCCCUUCAGCGCUACCCUGUAUGUUAAUGGUAUCAUGUUGGCCAGAAUCAGCUCCUGUUGUGAGUACCGCUAUGCUCCUGGCUUCCAACAGGGCAAGAAGAGCUGCUUCAGACUUGUGUGGCUGGCUGGUGGGAUACCCUGUUACAGAUGUACAAGUCUUCGAAACAAAUACAGCUCCUGCCAGCAACUGAACAACGGCACAAAGGAGAACUUAAUUCUCCCUCUAGAGCAGAGCCCUGGCAACGGUACAAAGCCUGGAAGCACCAUCGAGUCAUGUUCAUCAUCCCCUCUGUUUAUGCCCGCCAAACCAGAGAAGAAAUCAGUGAGGAGGACAAGAAAACACACCAAGGAAGGUGGCGGUGGAUCCACAGACAGCGAAGACCCCGCUGUAGCUGGGAUUAAAGAGAUCUCAAAGAAGAAGCGACACAAGGGUCAAACUAAUCAGAAAGCGAGCAAAGGCAAAACAGCCGGAAAUAGCAGAGGGGAAGAGGGACAUGACAGCAAGGGCUCCGAGGUCUCACGGAGGUCAACAGUGACAGAAAAAUGUGAAAGUCUAGCAUCGUCUGCCAGAGAGGAGCAGAAAAAUGAGAAAACAACCAGCAAUGUCUCAGCGCCGCCGACAGAGAAGCUGCGAUCGAACAAGACAAGCAAAGUUCAUGAGUCAUUGCAGGAUGAGGAAGCACUGACUAAGCAGAACAGAGAGAAACAGAAGGACCUGGGAUCAAAUGGGAAAAGCAGAGAUGGGGAAAGACUGAAGGACUUCUAUGAAGAAUGUGUGGAAAUGAGUGCUGCGUUGGAGCAGGUCCCAAACAAACACAACUGGUUCAAGGCAAACAUUCUGGAGAGGUGCCGGCUCCAGAAGAGGUUGUCAUCAUGCCCCAAAGCUUCAGGCUCAGAUGUGGAGCUCAGUGCAGAAAGUGACACUGUCCUGCAGCCUGAUGGGGAGCCAGACAAAGAAGAGGACAAGGCCAGCCAGGGCUCUGGCGAAAUAGAGCCUGUUAAAGAACAAGACCUGCAGGCACAGCUGGAAGCGAUGAUGACAGUCCUGAGCACAUCUGAUGAAGUGGAGCAGCUGGUUCUGAGGAACACGGGCCUGACAGACGACCUUCUGCUGGGCCUGGCGGGGGCCCUGAAGAGCAGCUUGUCGGAGGUCACGCUGCUCAACCUCAACCUCAACCUCAUCGGCCCAUAUGGUGCUCACAUCCUGCUGGACGUUCUGAGAGUGAAGCCUCAGGUCAAAAGUUUACACUUGUUUGGAAACAAACUGCGUGACCAUGGAGUGCUGACCCUGCUGAACGGAAUAGCCGAGUUGCAGGAGCAAACAGUAAGAGCUGCUGCCGCCAUCCAACAGGCAAUGCUUUUCUCAUCGGAGCAGAACAUGCUAACUCACCUCCCUGCUGGGUGGAGCUCUGUCAGGGUUUUUGCAAUUUUGGAACUGGAUAUCGGAGGAAACAGCUUGAGCAGCGACGGGGUGAAGGUGUUAGCAUCAUAUUUAAGGCAUCAUUCGCAUCUGCAGUACUUAGGGCUGGCUCAGACAAGUGGCGCUGACCUCGCAGCUUGGAAGGAACUUUUCGACAGCCUCAGAGGAAACAGCUCACUAACACAGAUCAUUCUAGAUGAGAACAACUUGGGAGACCCCGGGGUCAGACUGCUGGCCGACAUGUUGAGAGUGAACAUGAGCGUGCGGCAGUUGGACCUGGACAGGAACGGCAUCAGCGACGUGGGAGGAAACGACAUCAUGGGGGCGCUGCUUUGCAGGACGCAGUUUCCCCUGAGGCAUCUGAGCCUUCAGGAUAACAACAUCAGCGCAGGGCUCAUGAGUAGGAUACAGGAGGAGGUAAAAUAUAAAUGAAAUCACGCAGGAGUGGAAAAAUGCCCUCGCAAACUAUGAGAACCCAUGUAACAUAAUAAACAAAGGACUUGCUUAAGAAUUCACAGGAUCUUCAGUUUACAUUUUGAGGUCAGAGAGGAAAACACUGACUCAUUUGACUUGUUUGACCUUCAAACACACACACACACACACACACACAAAGAUCUCUUCUUUCCUGUACCUGGGUGGCCCCACUAACAAAUGCUGCAUCUUAGUUUAGCCCAAACAGGUAGUGUAGGAGUCAUGUUUGCUUUAGGGCUGCACUGUGGUCUGGAUGCAUUUUCAAAGAGCUCUCGAUGAACUGAACCUUUUCUUCUUUGUGGUGAGGUUACAUCCUCACCUUGAGUUUUUUUUUUUUUCUCCUUCUUCUUCUUCCCACCAGCGUUACCCCUCAUGACUCCACACCUCCUUCUUUUCUAAAACUGACUCCAGCUCAAGCCUCACUGAUCCCUCUGUCAUUUUAUUGAAUAAUUUGCUGCCCCCUGACAAAAAAGAAACCACGGUGAUUCAUUCCACCCACAGUAUUUACAGGUCAUGGAUGACUAACACACCACUUUUUUUUUUUCUUUUUUUUUCCAUAGUACAUUUCAGCAGCCAUCAUCAGAUCCCCUUCUGUACUUCUAAAAAUCAAAAGAGAGUUAUGGACA